GGGACUGGCCGAGCCCUUCCGGCAAGGUUGUUCCCUCCCGCCUGCCGAGCUCGAUUCAUCGCCCCCGGCCCGCAGGCCUGUGGGAAGGUGCCAUUCACCCUCCGGGACUAAGUGGAAAGGGCGGAAUGAGGGGGAGAAAGAGAGGGAAGGAGAGAAAAGCAGAUGACCUGAAAUCACACCUGUGUGUAUUUCGGUGUCUUUCGCACUUCCUUGAAGCGUGUUACCACAGCCUCACGGUUCCCCAGAGCAGCAAGCAGGGCGUGCCCAUUCGGUGGAGUUUUGAACCAGAGAAUAAAAAUGGGAACUCCUGGGUCAGGACGGAAGAGAACUCCUGUGAAAGACAGGUUUUCUGCAGAAGAUGAAGCUCUGAGUAACAUUGCCAGAGAGGCAGAAGCCAGGCUUGCAGCCAAACGGGCAGCUCGAGCAGAAGCAAGAGAUAUACGUAUGAGAGAGCUGGAGCGGCAGCAAAAAGAGCUUUCUCAGCAUUUAUAUGAUAGAAAAUGGGCUCAUAUCCAGAAAUGGAUGGAAGAUUCAGAGAGGGCCAGGUAUUCUCAGCGGUCCAGUCGACAUUCAUAUUUGAGUCCUUUGGAUGUCAGUGGCUCUCACAGGAGCAGAGCAAGUACCUCCAGGAGGAGAGAUCUUGCGAGUUAUGCUUACAGUGAAUCUCACAGUUCAAAGAAGAAAGUUGGUCACUCGCAUAGAGAUUUAUUGAGUGGAAUUUACUACGAUCAAAGAAAUUAUAGCAGCCUUAGAUAUAGUAAACCAGUUUCUUCCUACCAUACUCGGUCAUCUUCUCUAUGCAGUGAUCCAGUGGCAACAACUAGGAGUUACAGGGUGUCUCCUUCUGUAAACACUGGUUUGAUAAGAAGUAUCAGUUUGGCAUCAUUGAGUGGUGAUGGAUUAUAUAGCUCAUAUAGUUCUCGCACUCCAUCUGAAUACAGUUAUUCCUCAAGAGCAAGCUCUGUUCAAAGUAGUCCUGUGUCCUCUGAUUUUUCUGAUCAAAGUGAAACUGCUGCUGACUAUUUCAGUCGUUCCAACCGCAGGGGAAGCAUUGUUUCCGAUGCAGAUGAUGUCCAAGGUUUGAAUAGUGUUUCACCAAAGAGAUUGAAGGGACAACUGGAAGAAAAGAAUGAAAAGGCCCAUUCAGAAAUCUUUUCAAGGCCAUCAUCUCGCAAUUCAGUAAGUGCAACUCCUCUGAGUGGCAACUCAUCUAGGAGAGGAAGUGGAGACACGAGCAGUUGGGUGGAUCCUGAUGCAUCUCUCAGUGAAUUACGGGAUAUCUAUGAUCUUAAGGACCAGAUACACGAUGUAGAAGGGAGAUACAUGCAGGGACUUAAAGAACUAAAGGAUUCGCUAGCUGAAGUUGAAGAGAAGUACAAAAAAGCUAUGGUUUCCAAUGCUCAACUAGACAAUGAGAAAAACAACUUGGUUUACCAAGUGGAUACCCUAAAAGAUGUCAUUGAGGAGAAAGAAGAACAGAUAGCAGAGUUCUAUAGGGAGAAUGAAGAGAAGUCAAAGGAAUUGGAAAGACAGAAACACACAUGCAGUGUUUUGCAGCAUAAGCUGGAUGAACUUAAAGAGGGCCUUCGACAGAGAGAUGAAUUGAUAGAGGAGAAUCAACGCAUGCAGCAGAAUAUAGACUCCAUAACCAAAGAGGUGUUUGAUCUCCAGGAGACAAUUAAAUGGAAAGAUAAAAAAAUAGGGGCCCUAGAAAGACAGAAAAAUUACUUUGACUGCAUUAAGAAUGAGCGAGAUGAGCUCAGAGAGGAGUUGGCUGACCUGAAGGAAACAAUGAAGAGAGGAGAGAAACAUGGAUUGGUUAUAAUCCCAGAUGGCACACCAAACGGUGAUGUAAACCAUGAAUCAGUGGUUGGUGCUAUAACAGUUGUAUCACAGGAAGCUGCUCAAGUCUUGGAAUCUGCAGGAGAAGGACCACUAGAUAUCCGGCUAAGAAAACUGGCUGGAGAAAAAGAGGAAUUACUGUCACAGGUUAGAAAACUGAAGAUGCAGUUGGAAGAAGAGCGACAGAAAUAUUCUAAAAGUGAUGGCAUGAAUCCAGACAUUAUAGGCUUAGAGAAUGGUUCUGACUUGCAACUAAUUGAAAUGCAGAGAGAUGCCAACAGACAAAUUAGUGAAUACAAAUUUAAGCUUUCAAAAGCUGAACAAGAUAUUACUACCUUGGAACAAAAUAUUGCACGACUUGAAGGACAGGUUACAAGGUAUAAAAAUGCAGCAGAAAAUGCAGAAAAAGUAGAAGAUGAACUCAAAGCUGAAAAGAGGAAGCUUCAGCGAGAGUUAAGAACAGCACUGGAUAAGAUAGAAGAGAUGGAGAUGACCAAUAGCCACUUAAUGAAAAGGCUGGAGAAGAUGAAGGCGAAUAGGACUGCGCUUUUAUCUCAACAGUGAAGUGGAAAUUGAAAAUAUGAUGCACUGCUCCUUGAAUAACUAGCCCCUAGCUUGUUUUUAAAUACAGACUUUCAUUGGCACAAAUUAUUUGAA